CUCAUGUUACACAGAGCAGAAUGGCGGCUCUUUUGGAAUCGUUGCUGACCAGUAAAGUUGAGUUAAGCGCGGUCUUGCUCUGGCUCAAAGAUGAACAUACUUGUGAUUCGCAAGACAUUCCAGUAAAGGUCUGGAAACAGGAGUUUGUGCCUUUCCUUUUGAAUUUUUUGCGGGACCAGAGCAGUCACACUUUGACUCAUGGCCCCACCACACCGGCUAAGACCCCCAGCACAUCCAGAUCUGUCAGGAAUCAAAGCUCUUCGGAACGGAGUGGAAGUAAAUCCACACCAGCCCAAGGUCUGCGCACUGCCAGUCGAGUACAGCUCUUCUCUCCUGUCCCAUCCACAUCCCAGGCUGCCAGAAGGAGUGAACAGGAGACCCCGUUUUCUGGCUCUCAUAGUUUCAUAAAUGUCAGUGCCCUGAGCAGCCCCUCCUUCAGCUCUGUAUGGAGCCCUGCUCCCCGAAACACUCCCCCUGAGCGACGUUCAGCCCAGCGCCACAGUCUUGGAGACUUCAUGACGUCACCCCCAGACACCCAGCCCAGCCCCUCUGGACAGCAGCACCGAGGUCGCAGGAGGAGUGGAGGGUUUGGGGUAUCCUCAUCCGGCCGACAGAUGGGAUCUCGUGGUGCUCUGUUGGAAGAAGGAGGUCGCUGGGAUGGAGGCAACAGGAGGAGUAAGGGUGUGGGGAGGAUUGAAGCAGUCUCGCCUCCAACACAAGUGCAACUUGACUUCAAUAACUUGGAAGACUUUCCUCCAGUGGGUGGUGCCCAGGCUACACCAGUGAUAACCAAACCUUCACGGAGAAUUAAUCCAACACCAGUGAGUGCAGAGCGGCCUAACUCUAAACCCAAAAGCUGCUUUACGUCUACCCCACUUAGCCUGCCUGCCAGCCCCCCUGCUAUUCCAGAGAACGCUGCAGCCACACCGAUCUGUGGAAGUCCACACAGCCUGCAGGAAGAGCGAGAGUUACUCAGAAAAGAACGGUCUAAACUUGCCCAACAGACCUGCUCCCCACUGAAAACCACCCCCAUCACCUGCACUCCAACCAAAACAGUGCACAUACAGGGGUCUAAACUGACCCCUGACCCACAGACACCUUGCCCUGACCCUGACAGGGUCACACAAACACCAGUGUUGGAUCUGUUAGCUGACCUGUACUGUACUUGCAUUUCAGAGAACCUGGCUCCAUGUGUGUUCCUGGAGCUGUUCUUUGUGCUGCAACUUUUGACUUCUCGGGGUGUGUCGAUCUCUGAAUCUGCUGAGGAGGGAGUCACUGUGUGUGAACACAGUCUAGAUGUUAUGGAGAAAGCUUACCUGGGAAAUGUCCACAACUGUGUUUAUUUUGCCGUAAGAGUUUUGGAGAAUCAGUUUGAGUUGGUGUCACACCUUGACAAGUGCACUUUACGGCUCCUAUCUGAGAAUGAGAGAGUUGGUGCUUUCUCACCUGCGCUCAGGGAUCGCCUGGCACAAGCUCAGGAGAACUGCACAGUUAAUGCGCUUCCCACUCCACCCAUGUUCAUUCAUUCAGUGCCAUUCCAGCCCGCUACAGACAACCGCUCCAACUUCGGCAGUGACAGGUCCUUCCACAUUUUUAAGAAGCAAAGAGAUGUGUUCUACGAGCUGUUGAGAGAAUGGGAGGAUUCUCAUAAUGAACCUGGUUGGAAUUUCGAGGCUGCUUUAGGCAGCAGAGUAAGGAUCAUGGUUAGUCAGCUCACAGCAGCAGGCGAUCAUUCUCACUUUGCUCGACUUUUCCAGAAGCAGCUCAUUCAGAUGUGCAAGGGCCCUUGUUUUCUUGGUUCUUCCGGUGACACCCCUGACGCCAAUCUUUUGAGCAUGCUGGGUGCAGACAGCUUGGGUCGCCUGAAGCGACUGCAGCAGCGUCUGGUCCAGCCACAGGGACUCAUUGGUCCCUGCCCUCCACCGUCCUUCCCUGGACACCAGGAGUUCUUCAGAGACUUCCUUCAGACUGCCGGCUGUUGUCAGCUAAUCCAGCACCUGAAAGAUGGCCUGUGCCAGCAGCUGCUGAAGUUGGAUGAGGUUUCUAUUCUCGGCCCUGAUGCCAGCCCAGCUCGAGGAGAGGAGACAGGUGAUGGAGACAUGGAGCAACAGGAUGAGAAGCAGCGUUUUUCAUCCGUGCUCCUCACGGCCCGACUGCUGGCUAAGUUUUUGGGUUUCAUCUCGUUUCUGCCUUACCACACCGCUGAACCCCCAUCCAAAGACUUUCGGGAAGCUGCAAUUACUCUACGCAGUAAUAGUACUCCAGUUCUGGAUGUUUGUGCAGUGUUGGGGAGUUCUGUGCACAGGAGACGAACCAUUCUGACAGUGCCUUGGAUGGUCGAGUUCCUGUCCAUGUUGGAUUAUACCGGCCCAUUUCUGCCUUGUUACAGGACUGCUCUCUGCCUGCUGCUCCACAUCUACAAGAGGAUGGUAUUGGGUCGUGGGGGAGAGCUGUGUUACGUGAACCAGAUGCUCAUGGUUGCAGUUCUGGGUUGGCUCUUUCAGAUACCCGUCUUCCCUGAAGAUCUUUUCUUUAGCACAGAUCUCAAGGAGGAAAUUAAGGAAAUGGAAGCUAACACGGGUACACAGGGCCUGGACAUCCUCCCACUUGUCGACCAACAGCUUCUCUACACUUGCUGCCCAUAUUUAGGAGAGUUUCGUAAGCUUCUUGCUGCUUUUGUGGCUGGAAGCACAUCCAAGAGUGGAGGCCUGAUCCGCAAGAUCACCCCCACAUCUGCAGACCCGAGGGGACCGCCCACCACCCGCUCACAGCAGAAACUGCAGGUGGAUUUAGAACAGGCAUUUUUUCACAACCAGCCCCCAUCCAUGAGACGUACUGUAGAGUUUGUUGCUGAAAGAAUUGGCUCCAACUGUGUAAAACACAUCAAAGCCACGCUUGUUUUGAAUCUUGUGCAGUGUGGAGAAAAAACCCUCAGAGAUGGUUUAGGUUUGGAUGGUGUCAACACUGCCAAGCUAAAUGAAUCGAUAUGUGCUCAGCUUUGUGAUUCAGGCAUGCAAGCUCUGGAGAAAGCUGCUAGGUUCUGCAGUGAGUAUGCCCCUGGAGCUGUCAGAGCACUUCUUCCCUUGGAGACUUCUCCUGCUGUUCUAACCACAGCUGAGAGUAUCACUACUCGCUUGGCAACAGAAAAGUCUUGCAGCUGGCUCUCCUCCAAUAUCACUAUGCUUUUAAAGAGGGAGUGGAAGACUGCCUUUGAUCGGGUGAUGAAGAGUUUACCCUCCUCCAACUUAAAUGGUAAAGAGGGUGAUGGAGCAAGUAAAAAUCAGCAAGUUCAGAGGAGUGGCUCAGGGCUCAAUGCUGAGACCUCGUGUAUUUCAGACUGCACCCAUAAAGUUCCUCUUGGAUCAAAAGUCAUGAUUGAAAUUAAGGAAAUGCUGAGUGUUGCGGUGGGACCCAGGAGUGACGAGGAAGCUUUUACUGUUCAUCAGAUUGAGGUUCUGCUGGACAAAGUGGGAAAGACACUUGGAUGUAGAAAAUUCCUAUCACCCGUGGUUGAACAAAUGCUGUUGCGCUGUACCGUCCAGCUAGCCUGCAAACUGGUGUCUGGAGAGCUGCCACUGGUGUCCUCAAGCAAGGCUAGCGAGAGAUCUGCCCUGAUAGAUAAGUUUCUGCUCCUCUGGGACUCUCCUCCUGCACCUUUGCAUCUUCUCCUUAGUGAACCCACUCUCACUGCCACCCUGAGUGCCACAGACAGUGAGAGGACUGAUUACCUUUUCCUAAUCAAACGGCUAAUAGAGAAAGGGCUGUUGGCAGAGGAGGAAGUGGGCUCCCACUGGCCAAAGAUGUCAGUGUUAUCCUGGCCAAAGGAGACUGUGGAGAAGUUUCAGAAGCUUUCUAUGGCUGCCAAGUUCCCUUUGCCUUCUGAUCCAAACAAUAUGGAGAUAUUGCAAGUCUCUCAGUGACCACUAGAGGGACACAAGAGUGUACAUAUCUAACUGUAUACAUGAAUCUCAGCCUAACACUCCUGUAUUAAUAGGCAGUGAUUAUUGCACAUUUAAACAAAUGAGCUCAAAUGUAUAAUUUUUUAGAAUAUUUUAAGUCUUAUGUAUUGUGAGUUGUGAGGUGAAUAUCUGUCGCUUAAAGAAUGCUCUUCACAAAUAAUCUUUAGGACACAUUAGUUGUAUAAAUUUGCCACUUUGACUCUCAUGCAUCACAAUAGGACAGAAUCAUGCUACUCUAUUUAUUUGUUUUAAGAGUUUGUUCUGGUCAAAAUCUUACCUGUCUUUGCUGCUCUUUGUUUUUUUGUUUGUUGUAUCUAUGUGUGUUUGUAUCUCUGUGUUUAUAUAUGCCAUUUUUUUGUUUAAACGCCCCAAAUUUGCACUUGUAUGUACACACUUGUUCAUGUUGGACAAUAAUAUUAUCAGUUAAUUUUAAACUGUACACUUGUUUAAUGCUAGACUUACCUAACAUAAUAAAAUGUAAUUUUGAGAAUAUG